AUGAACAUUAGAAAUACGGUAGAGCAAAUAUUACAGAGCCCUGAAUUAAGGGUAUCUUUGGAAAAUACCGUAAGAUCAGUAUGUGCUUCAAGUACAAGUGUACUAUCAACAAGUGUACUACCAACAACAAGUGUACUACCAACAACAAGUGUAGCACCGACAACAAGUGUACCACGUGGACAUAAUCAAAAUAUUCGCAACGAAUUAAAUCAAUUGUUUCCAUCUAUAAGAAGACAGAGUUCAAAGCGAAGAAGAAGCCAAGUCGCCCGAGCUGUAUCAAAAAGUUUUUUCAAUGACGUCAUUUUAAUCAUAUUAAAAAGUAGGACUACCACUUUAAAAGGGCAAGACAAAGCAAAAGCUUUUGAACAAGGAUUGGGCAUUUCAAAUGUAGAAUUUUAUACAGACAUGACCCUUAGUGAUAUAUUCACUAAAAUAAAUAGCUUGUUUGGUGAAAAAUUAUUAAACAUAAAAUUUGAAUUAAUGGUUCCAAUGAGUGGAAAGUUGACAAAAUUAAAUUUAGAACCUGGAAUAGAAUUGCAUGGCACUCUUUUACGAAGGAUUUUUCAUCAAAAAACUAUUUAUAUUCGACCAACAGAAACAAAUAUUUUUGUAGAUAACAGUGAUAAUAAUUUAACAGAUAACAGUGAUAAUAAUUUAAAUAAUUUAAACCAUUUUGAUGAUACAAGUGAUUUUACAUAUUCAGAUUCAGAAUUUCCAAAUGUUAAUUGCCAAUCGAUUUACCAAGAACAAAAUGUAUCUGAUUCUGAACCAGACGAUAUUCAAAAUGAAAAUAAACCUGAUACUAAUUCUAAUGACCAAAAUGACACAUCUAAUACUUUGACUCUAAUAUUGGAAAAUUUAAAAUCAAAAAUUUCAGAAGAAAAUAUUUCUCACUUUAAUAUUUUUCGUGGGGAUAUAUUUCAAUGUUGCAUUCGAGCAAUGAGGAGGCUAACAUUUGACCCAUUUAACAAAAUAGAUGUAAAAUUCAGUGACAUCGAGGGACUGUCAGAAGGUGCUGUUGAUUUAGGUGGUCCCACAAGAGAAAUGUUCCGUUUAGCUCUUGACUAUAUGAAGGACUCAAACCUGUUUGUUGGUCAAUAUAAAAAAUAUAUAUCAUUUGAUGCUUUGUCUUUGGAAAAAAAAUACUAUUUUGAAGCAGGAAGAAUAAUUUCAUUAAGUAUUGUACAUGCAGGACUUGGACCAAAUUAUUUUUCAGAAAAUUUGUAUACAGCCAUUACAGAAGAUACCAUACCCGCUCUAAACUUUGAAAGAAAAUUAGAAAUAAAUUUUCAUUAUGAUGGCGAUUUAAAGUAUCCAAAAGGUAACACAUGUGGUCUGCAAUUACACUUACCUACAUGUUUUGAUACAUAUGAAGAAUUUAAAGUUAAUAUGGAUUUUGGAAUUGGAAACUCCAAAGAUUUUGGAUUUGCUUGA